AUGAAGAUACUACAAGAAUUAGUUAAAGAUAAAGUAGAUUGGUAUUUAGAUGAAUUAGUAAGAGAACUUGAAUUACAAACAGGAAAACUAAUUUCAAUCCCAACUCUUUGGAGAUCUUUAGUUUAUUGUGGAAUUAGCAGGAAAAAGCUUAUAUUUAUGGAUGAAGCUGCUAAAGAUGAACGCUCUUUAUCUCGUGGGUAUGGAUAUUCUCUUAAAAAUAUAUUUGCUACUAAAAAAAAUGUAUUUGUACGAGGAAUACGAUAUACAAUAUUACCUGCUUUAUCUUUACAAGGUAUUAUUGCAGUGGAUAUAAUGGAAGAGUUUUUAUUAUUAUUUGUUACACAAUAA